AUGUUGUCAGUCAAGUCUUUGAGGAUAGUUAGCUCAUCCCGGGCUGUACUGCACCCAUGUUGGCUGACCACUAACCGACUGUCUGUUUCUAAAGCUGUUACAUGUUCAGCUCACUGUAUGUCUGCCAGCCUCCACAAGAAGUGCACAUGGCUCAGCAGCAUGAACUUCAGAGCACUGAGAAAGGAGAGACAGCUGCUUUUCUACACUCACCGAGCCCCUUCACUCAGGAAUUGCUGCACAAGUCAAGUUAAACUGAACUGCUGGAACUGUAAGCAUCUUCUUGACAAAACCCCUGCAUUUUUCUGCGUGUCAUGCAAAGCAGUGCAGCCCCCUGAAGAAGGGGCAUCCUACUUCAAGAUCAUGGAUUGUGACUACACAUUCACACUGGACACACAAAAGCUGCAGAAAACAUAUUUGCAGCUCCAGCGAUGUCUUCAUCCAGACAACUUCAGCCAGAAAUCUGUGAAAGAACAGGGGUAUUCAGAAAGCCAGUCUGCUCUUGUUAACAAAGCAUACAACACUCUGCUUAAGCCUUUGAGUCGUGGUCUUUACAUGCUGGAGCUGGAGGGAAUGAGUAUAGAGGAGGGCACAGCCUCUGGAGUUGAUUCACAUUUUCUUAUGAAGCUGAUGGAGAUUAACGAAGCCCUCGAUGAAGCACGGACUCCAGAAGAAGCCAAUAAGAUCGGCCAAGAUACAAAAGGAAAGCUAGCAGACUUGACAGUGCAGAUAGAUGCUGCUCUUCUUAAAGGAGAGCUGCAGGCUGCCAAAGCACUGCUUGUCCAAAUGAAAUACUAUGCAAACAUUGACGAGAAAGUAAAGGAAAAACUUUCAGAAUUCAUGUAGUUUUCCCACUAUUUAAAUAACUUAAUUAAGCAUUUUAGACACUUUAAAAUGUUUUGUAUAGACUUGCACACGGUGUUGUACAUUUAUCUUUGGAGUAUGUAAUUUAUUUUUAAACCCGAAUAAUAAAACUUCACUUGUAAUGCACUAUAAAUAAGUGCAUUAAUGUUUAAUUGCUUUUUUUCCUAAUUAAAAAAAAAUCUAUA